GCCUCUCUUGCUUGCGUUGAGCGAGCGCGCGAAUGCACCCACGUCUCUCACAGUCGGCUGCUAGCUUACCGUCGUUUACUCUGUGCUUUAAACAAAGCACACCAGAGGGGGACCUGAGACAAGGCUCUUUGUCUCCGUAUCGUAGUUAACCUUAAAUCUCCGUGGCCUAUACGAUACCUGCAAUGGCGGACAAGGAAGCAGGUGCAUUUGAUGAUGCUGUUGAGGAGAGGGUGAUAAAUGAGGAGUACAAGAUCUGGAAGAAAAACACUCCCUUCCUGUACGACCUGGUUAUGACCCACGCAUUAGAGUGGCCAAGUCUUACUGCUCAGUGGCUGCCUGACGUCUCCAGGCCAGAGGGGAAGGAUUACAGUGUGCACCGGCUGGUGUUGGGUACUCACACAUCUGAUGAGCAGAAUCACCUGGUCAUUGCCAGCGUCCAGCUGCCCAAUGAUGACGCCCAGUUUGACGCCUCACAUUAUGACAGCGAAAAAGGAGAGUUUGGAGGCUUCGGCUCAGUAAGCGGCAAGAUUGAGAUAGAAAUCAAGAUCAGCCAUGAAGGAGAGGUGAACCGUGCCCGCUAUAUGCCCCAGAACCCCUGCAUCAUUGCCACCAAGACCCCCACCUCAGAUGUGCUGGUGUUUGACUACACCAAGCACCCCUCCAAGCCAGAUGCUUCUGGAGAGUGUCGCCCUGAUCUGCGUCUUAGAGGCCAUCAGAAAGAAGGCUAUGGUCUCUCCUGGAAUCCAAACUUGUCUGGCUCACUACUUAGUGCUUCAGAUGACCAUACUGUCUGUCUGUGGGACAUAAGUGCUGUGCCAAAGGAAGGGAAGAUAGUAGAUGCCAAGACUAUCUUCACCGGUCACACUGCUGUGGUGGAAGACGUCUCCUGGCACUUGCUUCACGAGUCACUCUUUGGAUCUGUAGCAGAUGACCAGAAGCUCAUGAUUUGGGACACUCGUUCGAACAACACCUCCAAACCCAGCCAUGCAGUAGAUGCCCACACAGCAGAGGUCAACUGUUUGUCAUUUAACCCUUACAGCGAGUUCAUACUUGCCUCUGGCUCUGCAGACAAGACUGUGGCUCUUUGGGACUUGAGAAACUUAAAACUGAAGCUGCAUUCCUUCGAGUCACACAAGGAUGAGAUCUUCCAGGUUCAGUGGUCACCCCAUAAUGAGACCAUAUUGGCAUCCAGUGGAACAGACCGUCGCCUCAACGUCUGGGACCUCAGUAAAAUCGGAGAGGAGCAGUCACCAGAAGAUGCAGAGGAUGGCCCGCCUGAGCUACUGUUUAUCCAUGGAGGCCACACAGCCAAGAUCUCUGACUUCUCCUGGAACCCCAACGAGCCCUGGGUCAUCUGCUCGGUGUCUGAAGACAACAUUAUGCAAGUCUGGCAAAUGGCUGAGAACAUCUAUAACGAUGAAGAUCCAGAGGGUUCGACAGACCCUGAAGCCACAGCCUAACGCCUCUGCUUGCUGUGUCUUAACCUGCGACCUCAUCACAAACUGCCAAACUGCCACCUCAGUAGUUUCAUGCAGCUACUUCUUCCCAUCCUUCUCUACUUUACUGGUGGGACACUGUAUGCCGUAAAUCACUGUAAAUACAAGAAAGAAGAAUCAUGUGUAGCCCUGGUCCUGUUUUGAAUACUCAAAGUGAAGAACUCUCCUUUAACUGAGUAAUUUAUUGCCUGAAGAAUCUCAUCCAUGUUUUUCGCAGUGCAUAUAAAAGUUAUAUUUUUGUAACCAAAUUGGCCCUCCCUUCUACACUGAAAUGUUUAGCCAAUGCUUUUUCAAUAAUAAAUAAAAGGAGUUUCUAGAACUUAAGGUGGUGAUCAAACUGACGACCCCAAAGUGGUAAUUUACAAUAACCUGCUGUUAGAGUGUAAACAGCCCCCUCUGCACAUUUUGGAAAUGUUACAGAAAAAAUGCAGUCCAGCUUUUUGACACAGUGCACAGCAUAGUGACAUUUACUGUGACUUUGAUAGAGGUUGUUCACAGGCUUAUUGUCCUAAAAAUGUCUUAUUUUCAUUGCUUCAGUCUGGUCAUCACCUAAUUGUUCUGGACACUGAUUUUCACACCAGCUGCUUCUGAAUGAAAUUACAAUUUUGAAGAGAAUCUGUGUUUGAAAUGUCCAUCUGUGGUCCCACCUCCCCUCCCCUCAGUCAUACAAUAAUCAUUUAAAUGUUUUCGUGAUAUAGAUUAGUUGUUGAACUUUUUCUAUGUUCAAUAUUUGUACAGUGAGUGCAUUCUUAAUAAAAUGUGUUUCAUCCA